AUGCAUCAACAAGCCCGACCCGCCCCCCGGGUCUCCUCCCCCGCUUCCGCCCCCCAAACGAAUCCCGCGCGGACGAACAACCCGAGGGAAGGCAUCCUUGGUGCUCGUGAUAGAGCUAGCUCCGGAGCUUCUGGUCGCGACUCUGUUGCACCAUCGCCCACUGCCGAAACGCCCCCAGGCGCGGUGUCCGCCGAUGCCGUCAAAAAGCUGGAUCAGAUAAUCCAGAAUUUCCAUACCAAGGCCGCAUCGCUAGUUCUACAAUCUCGUAUGAACCUGAAGCCCAUAUACACAACUCGUGGAUCCGGCAACAAGAAGCUGAAUAAGUGGUUUCAAAUCGAGACGGAAGAGUUCGACGACUUCAAAGAGGAACUUCGCAUUUGGCGAAACUGCGGUAGCUUUGAGAACAAGCCCUUGCCCCUCAUCAUUGAAACGUAUCUCGACACCUCCCGCCUGACCCCGAGCCAGAGCUUGGUCAUCGUCGACGAAAAUGGAAAGAGGUGGGACGUGAUGGAAGCUCUCAACUCGUCUGAUUCGAGCGAUGACGGGCGCCCAGUGCCCUCAAAAAGAAAUACGGAGGUGAUUCUGGAGAGGUGGCGCAUUGAGUUGAAGACAAUACCCACUACAGACCUGGACGAUUUUGGCCCAACGUUGCCGACCAUUUACAAAAAGAGCAUUGUCUUCUUUCGGUCACUCUUUGUUGCGACAAGGAUCCUUCCCGGCUGGAAGUUCUCUCAGACGUCUUUGACGAAAGGCGUCCACCCAUCUUUGGAACCCCGGUGCCGUAUCCGGACCGGCGAGCCAGACACUGGCGGCCUUGACCGUCUAAGGCAUCCGUUGUACGACGGUCGGCCGGAUGUUGUGACUGACUACGUUUUUGGCGAUUUGGAGGUGCCUGUCGGCCGCUUCUAUGCAUCUGUGACGUACAGAAAUGAAUGCAACUUCCGGGUGGAUGAUUCAGAGGCGCUCCUGAGUUCGCGAUUCAUGGGCGUCGACGAGAACUUCUUCCAACCAUCGCUGCCUCAAAGGCGGGAGAGCACCCGAAGGAAUGACCCCGAGGUAGGGUCUCUUCCGUCUCAUAGACGGAGCCGGAAUUUGUCGGACAUUCACCAGACAUACGGCAGUCUUUCAACAUUUCACGGCGAUGGCCCCUUGGGUACCAGCCCUAUAUCUGCCCUUAAAGCCGUGAGACCUCCCGGUUCCGACACAAGCUCGCCACCGUCAUCUGUACCAACAGGUAACGUACCGAACCCGCCGAGCUCCCUGCCUGUUGCCGGCCUCGCAUCGAGACCGUCCAUGAAGGGCUUCGGUAGCACUGGUCGCCGGCCGUCCGUCUCGUUUCAACCCUUCAAAGCUGGUUCCCUGUCCGGUUCACCCGUUCCACGGAUGUUGGAUUCCGAAUCCCCCGCAUCCCCCGUCUCCCGCGCCGCGGCUCUCAACGCCCUCACGCAGCCUCGCAACCGCACAUCUCUGACAGCAGGCAUGCCUGCUUCUCUCCGAGGCGGUCCCCCGCCCGCCGAGGCAGCCGUGGUAGGUUCGCCGCGGCCAUCCUCCACCAGCCGCUACAGCAGCAGCUUCACACAUCGCAAGGGACGGCUGUCGUUUGGUGGCGCCAGCAAGGCCGGCGAUGACGAACAGGGCAGCAGCGGACGACAGAGCCUUUCCUCCUCGUCUGUGGCUCAGCCUGGUUCGGGUCUCCUGGCCGAAGCGGGCGGAGGAGGCAGUUCCGGGUCUCUGCAAACCGACGAUGACCAGAUUUCCGACUUCCUGAAGGCUCUCGACAGCAAGAAGACGCUCAAGAGCUUUGAGUCCGGCAAAAGGGGGGAGGGAGCGACGAACCGGACGGUUGCUCAGCUUUCGAGAUUCCAUCUUAUGAAGGAAUCGAACAAUGCCCUGACCGACUCCAUGACUUCGUCGAUGCAGAUGCAGCGCUCAUCAAGCUCAUCUAGCCGACAACUCUCGAACGUUCCCAGUAUGGCUGCGCCAGCGUCCGUGUCAGUAUCCUCUUCGCCAGGCAAGCCUUUGUCUCCCCACACCCCUCACACGCCUGCCGUGCCUUCUCGCCUAAGCGAAAACUCCAUCAUCAACUACAACACAAGUCAACCUCGGAGCGAGCGAACCAACCCGAGUGCGGAAAACACGCAGCUUCCCAGGGAAGACACCAUUACCCAGGAUGGGACUACAGCUAUCGACAUUCCCAUCUCGCCCAGAAUUGGCACACAUCCGCGACGAUCCAGCUCGGUGGCUCAACAGAAUCGCGCCAUGGUGGACGACGACGACGGCGACCUUGCCUUUGCUGCGAAUCGCAGCAUCAGCCUGGGCGCGGAGGACCGCGAGCCCCCCACGCUUAGUAUGCUGUUGGGUAGACAAGCUGAAGCUGAGUCGUCGGCUCGCCGGUCUGGCACAUCGCUGCAACCCGUGUCGGACGUACCGUCCUCGGGCUCGGCGGACAUGAUGAGACAGGGUUCAUCGGAAGGCUCUAAGCCUCCCGGUGGCCUGAUGGCCGUUGCCCCUUCCAGUUCACCCUUUGGCAGACGCCGGUAUGCCGGCAUGCCAUCGUCGGGUGGACGGGGUCAGACUCCGCCUCAGUCAUCAAGGGGCAGUUUCACAGGCUCCAGCGGCCGUUAUGGACGUGGUGAACAUGACCUGAUGGACGAGGAGCCCCUUCUCUUUGACAUGUCAGAGAUGGAUGCGCAGUCGCGGAGAAGCCUGGAGGAGGGACGAGGCGGCGGUAAUGUUGGGUCUGGGUCGGGAAGCCGCGCCGACUUUGAGCCUCGUGGCAUUAGCCGACGAGGCUGGUGA